AUGGUGCGGAAAGAUCCGAGUGGUGGUAAGGGGUACGACAACCCGACCAUUUCCGUUACUGACGAAACGGUGGGUAUGGAGAUGAACAAUGGAAAUGGCCGAAUGCAUCGAGAUAGUGUGCUGGGAUUGAGUGAACCACUGCCCCGGUUGGACCACUACCGGGCAUCGCAACGUAACGCAAAGCGACCCUCGAUCGGCGUACUGCACGGUGAUCGUGACUCCAAGGAUGGCGAACCGGAGGAACAGGUUGAGGAAGAGAACAAAGCAUCCGGCCACGCAAUCCGGCUCGGAUGGGUGCAGGGUGUACUGACACCGUGUCUGCUCAACAUCUGGGGUGUGAUGCUGUUUCUGCGUCUCAGCUGGGUUGUUGGUGAGGCCGGUAUCAUUCAGACGCUGAUCAUCAUAGCCCUCUCGUACCUGGUGUGCGUCAUGACCACGCUAUCGCUGUCGGCGCUCUGCACGAACGGACAGAUUAAGAGUGGCGGCCUGUACUACAUCAUAUCCCGCUCGCUCGGGGCAGAGUUCGGCGCUUCGGUCGGCAUUGUGUUUGCGUUCGCUAACUCCGUAAACGCGGCCAUGAACACGAUCGGUUUCUGCAGUUCACUGAAUGAUCUGCUGCGAAGUCUCGAUACGAAGAUCGUCGAUGGAGGCACGAACGAUAUUCGCAUCGUCGGUUCGAUCUUUCUGCUGCUGAUGAUCAUCAUCUGUGCCAUCGGUAUGGAUUGGGAGGUUAAGGCACAGAACUUCCUGCUGGUGCUGAUCGUUGUGGCCAUCUUUAACUUCAUUAUCGGAGCCAUCGUCGGACCGGGUACGUCUAGCGAAGAUAUCGGCAAAGGUUUCCUGGGCAUUUCGACGACCCUGCUGGCGGCCAACAUGGGCCCGGGCUACACGGUGAUGAACGGUGUGCAGCAGAACUUCUUCAGCGUGUUCGCCAUCUUCUUCCCGAGCGUGACUGGCAUCCAGAGCGGUGCGAACAUCUGCGGUGACCUUCGCGACCCGGCGAAGGCCAUUCCGAAGGGUACGCUGUGGGCGUGUCUCAUAUCCGCCAUUUCGUACGUGGUCUUUUCAUUGAUGGCAGCAGGGGCCGCGGUCCGGGAGGCAUCCGGUAAUGCUUCCGAUAUUGUCGGUGUUACGUUUACCAGCUGUGCUGCAGGUAACUGUACGUACGGCUUGCUCAACGACUACACGGUGAUGCAGCUGAUUUCUCUAACCAGCGCCAUCACCUACGCUGGCUGUUGGGCGGCUACCCUCAGUACGGCGCUCACGAACAUUCUGUCCGUCCCACGGCUCAUUCAGGCACUCGGUAUCGACCGCAUCUAUCCGGGGCUCAUCUUCUUCUCGAAGGGCUACGGCAAGCACGGUGAACCGUACCGUGGCUACGGGCUGGUCUUCCUGGUGUCGCUUAUCUUCAUUCUGAUCGCCGAUCUGGAUGCGAUCGCCUCGCUCAUCACUAACCUGUACCUGGCGUCGUAUGCGUUCAUCAACUUCUGCACGUUCCAUGCCGCGACGGUGAAACCGCUCGGCUGGCGGCCGACAUUCCGCUACUUCCACCCGUACAUCAGUCUGCUCGCCACCGUGCUGUGCGUGGCGAUCAUGUUCCUGAUUUCGGUCGUGUCGUCCUUCGUCGCAAUGGCGUUCAUCUUCGUGCUGUAUCUGGUGGUUGUGUACCGGAAGCCGGAAGCAAACUGGGGCUCCUCCGUCCAGGCACAAGCGUACAAAACCGCCCUCAACUCCACCCUCAACCUGGAGGGUACGAGCGAUCACGUGAAGAACUAUCAGCCGCAAAUUCUUGCGAUCGCCGGUGAUCCCAUGCAGCGUCCGGCACUGAUCGAUCUCGCCCAUCUCAUCACGAAGCACAGUUCGCUGAUGGUGAUCGGUAACAUCAUACCGCAGCGUUUGCCGUACAAGCGCCGACUAGCGCUGUCCGACAUGGGCAAGAAUUACCUGAAGGAUUCAAACAUCCGCGCGUUCUACAAAAUUGUCGACGGUGUUGACUUCGACCAAGGCGCUCGGUGUUUGAUCCAGUCGACCGGCUUCGGACGUUUGGCGCCCAACAUUCUUAUGCUGGGCUACAAAACCAACUGGCGAACGGCGGACCACCAACAGCUGAAUGCGUACUACAACACGUUGCAUACCGCGUUCGAUAAUCGUCUCGCACUGUUGAUACUGCGCAUGGGUAAAGGGCUGGACAUCUUCAAGGGUAUGUCGACCAGGGACCUCUACUCGACGAUACCAUCACCCCAGGAGACGACCAUCACGUUCCCGGCCAAGCGCAUGGCCGCCCGCCGCUCACUGAUGCCGGUCAACUCGAAUCUCGACCUGCACGAGCUGAUGCAGUCGAACCGCUCCAGCCAAACAUCACCGGCACCAACGUUCCACGCGGCCCCCACCUUCGACUAUGUGCCGCCCGCGGUAGCAACCGAGCCGGAAGCGAAUCUGUUCAAGCAAAAGCAACCGAAGGGCACGAUCGACGUCUGGUGGCUGUACGAUGACGGCGGGUUAACGAUGCUGCUUCCGUACAUCAUAACGACUCGCUCGAAGUGGGAAAAGUGCAAGAUACGCGUGUUUGCACUCUCAUCGUUCAACCUGCAGGAGGAGGAAACGAACUUGAAACUGCUGCUCGAUAAGCUGCGUAUCAGCUAUCUCAGUCUCACGCUGGUCAAGGUGACGGACAAGCCCAUGGAAUCGACUAUUGAGGAGCAUCGGGAGCUGCUGCGUACCGUCACUGGUAGCAACGACGACCUGCCCGUACUGUCCGAGGCGGAGAAGCAGCAGCUCGAGAUCAAAACCAACCGUCAGCUGCGUCUUCGGGAGCUGCUGCUGGAGCACUCGAAGUCGGCCUCGCUGAUCGUCAUGUCGAUGCCCGUACCCAGACAGGACACCGUAUCGGCCGUACUGUACAUGUCUUGGCUCGAAAUGUUAACCAAGGAUAUGCCACCGUUCCUGCUGGUGCGUGGUAACCAAACGGAGGUGCUCACCUUCUAUUCCUAG